GGUAACUCGGCGGGACAUUUGACAGAGCUUGAUAUUGGGCUGGUAGGCUAGAUUCUUAGCAAAGGAAAUAGACAAUAAUAAUGCCACCUCGAAAGAAGAAGAGGAAAUUUGGUUCUCGUAGCGCAGAUCUGACCACCAAAAGGUUUGCUGAAAGUGAAAUAAAAAGAUGGAAGAAAAUGGACAAGACAUCUGAAGAUUUCCUGGUUGAUGUCCUAGAUGAAGGAAUCAGUACAAUUAAAACCAAUAGUAAGAAGGACCAGUACUCUAAGAUCAAUGAACAGCUCCAGGAAUGUAGACAUAGUUUGGUGAAGAAGUGGAAGGCAAUAAAGACACCCAAGAACACUUUCGGCACUUACAAGGGUCUGCAGAAGUUAAAUGUGAGUUACAGUUCAACAUUGUCUGACAUAGCCCAGCACCAGGAGGACCUGGAGAGUGCUGUACAAAAAGCAGAGAAAGCUUGUAAAGCCAUGGAAAAGGAACUGGAAAAGAGGCAAAGAUGUCUAGAGGAAGAAAGUACAGACCUGCAUCCUUUGCUGAGAGCAGACAUCAAGACAGUUCUUGAUAUUCCAACCAUACCAAGAUUUGUGAUGGAAUCUUGAAAAAACCAAGACGUCUCCAUGGGUAUCUAUUGGUCCGUACCUAGAUUUGUGGAAGUCUUGAAAUCAUCAAGAACUGAGACUCUUUUUGUCCCUCGAUGUCCUUACCAGAAUUUGUGGAAGAGUCAUGAAAGUAUCAAGACCUCUCUGUGUGGUACCUUAUAGUUUGUACCUCGAUUUAUGGCAGGGUCUUCAAAGCAUCAAGACUUUAAACUGUUUUGGUUCCUCAUUGACCUUAAGCAGAUUUAUGAUAGGGUCUUGAAUGCAUGAAGACCUCUCUAUGGGUACCCAAUUGUCCUUUUUCAGAUCGGUGGCGGAACCUUGAAACAAUUACUCUAGACCUCUUCAUGUACCUACAUGCCUUCACAGAGAAUUGUGGAGGAACUCAAAUGAUCUGGACAACCAAAUCCAUUCAAAUGAACAUGUUUCCGUUAUAGCACAAGUGAUGAAAAGGUCAGAAUCGAUUUCAUUUGAUUGGCUUAUUUAAAAUGACCAAAGACAUUCACAUGCUAGAAAAAAAAUAUGCUUCCCUGUUCUUUGCAAUGCCAUAAGGUCAUUGUGUACUUGCCUCUUGAUGUCAUGGAAGGGACAGAAAUAAUUUAUUCAUGUUUAUUUACUAAAGGCGAAAAAACUAAAGUAUUUCCAGACAUGACAGUUUCCACUUUUACUGUAUUGUUCAACACUAUAGCACAUGUACAGCAUCAGAUAAAGUGUUCAAUUUUAAAAGCUGGCUCCAUCUUCUCUUUCCAUAAAAAAAAGACAUGUAAGGAUAUCAAAAUGAUUUAGGAAAAAGGUUGGAAACUUUAUUGCAUCAUAUGCUAAAGAAAAAUUACAUAGAGAAAUUACACUGUUGGCGUUUUUCGUCUGCACAAAUGGUUUCUGUGCAAUGAAUCUUGGAGGAAUGCUUGGUCUUUCAUAAAACUUUUUAUAUAUAGUUUUGAUAUCCCGCUCAAGUUUGAUUUUGACACACAUCAGAAAAUCAGUAUGGCUGCUAGCGGCCAACUUAGGUUUUGUGAAAAAUCUCAUGACUAUUGAAAAGGAAUUCAAAGGUUUUCAUUUAACUUUUAAGAAAUGCGUGCUAUAUCAAUUACCCACUGAAGUUCGACUAUGAUGAUAUCUGAAAAUCAACAUGGGAUGGCAACCAGUGGAAGAAAAAUCCAUUUCAGUGGAAUUUUCAAUACUGAAUAGGUGGAAUUUAAUGAAAAGGCAAAGUUAGUUUAUUUUUGGGUUAAAAAAAAUAAGAGGCAAUGUAGUAGCAUCAAUGGUAUUUAUGCAAAGAGGAUCAAUCAGAUGAUUUGUGAUAUUGUCUUGUGCUUACAAAUUUGUUUAUACUCCACAUAACCGGUGUUUUAUGUGCUUUUCUUUUGGGUGAACAUUUUCCUUUUAUGCAGAUGAAGUUUAAUUUAUUAGUUGAAUUGAUUAAGAGGUAAAUUAUCAUUAGACUAUUUGAUAUGUGGCUCUCUUUGUAACCCAAAAUGUUAGCAUUUUGAUAUAUUUGCUGCUCAAGAGCUUUGCAAAUUGAUAACAAGCUCUUGUUAAUUAAAUUAAAUCGUAAAUACCCUUGAACAAAACCUGGAGUUCAAGGGCAAGAUGGAUGUUUAACGGAAUGAACUCGCAUAACAUCUUCUGAUGUUUGUUGCACUGUACGUUGUUUUCAUAUAUCCAUGCUUCAUGUUACGUUUGCCAUAUCGGAAGACUUUGAAAAUUUCUCGUUAACAAGAUAGAGUUUUGAGUAUGCCAUGGUGUAUUAUAAGGCAAGUUAGAUUAUUUUAAAUUUAAAUUAAAUUGUUUUGUUUCGUUUUGAAUAAAGCAACAGUUUAACUAUG